CUUGACAGAACGUUGCAAAGUAUAUUCUCUGUGGCCAUUUGCAUUUAAUUUGAAAAGAGUUCUUUACUACUAUACAACGUAUGUAAUGUAAUUAGUGUGGAUUUGCGAGGAGUGUAUAACAUUGAACUGAAGAAAGUUGAACACAAAAAAGAGAAUCAUUCACUUCAAUAGACUGGAUUGUCGCAACUACCGAUUUGGUCUGUGAUUGUGUUUAGAUUGCACGCUACUGUGGAUUUGCUUCGCGCAUUAGAUCACCAAAUAGUUAUGUUUUGUGCAUUUUUCAUCGGUGUACGGACAGCCCCUUUGCCAAAAUUCCUUUUCCUGUUCGCAGAACGGGAAACAGUGAGACGACAGGUCCUCGAUGUUGCGCUCGUGUGUCUUGUUUCGGGAAAUGAAUAUGGCGCCGAAGCGCAAUCUUUUCACUGAUGCCUCGGACAACAGGUUGAGAAUAUUCAGCAGGCUUAGUUACAAACUGCUCUGUUUAAAAUGCACAAAAUUAAAUUUAGUACACCUCUUUAAAUAAAUGAAUAUGUCACAUUCAAUGACAGGAAUGGAUAAUGCAAGUUGUAAAAAUAUGGUUUCAAACUUGCCAUUACUGUUUGCUGGUGGAUAUCCAACUUCGCUGGAAAAAAUUACUGAAAAACAACUGGAAAAAUUCAUCCCGUUCAUGGUGCAAUGUUCUUUGGGAUAUAUUCAAAUUUCAACAUUGGAAGAAUAUAGUGAACCAGAAUGGUGGCCAAGUGAUCUUGAGUUUUUGGUGCCUUUCAAUCGACCGAAGGCAUUUGAGGGGAAUUGGCUUGAAAAAAUGAGAGAAUUGGUAGUCAUUUGCUACUCAUUUCAUAAAUGCGUAUUUUUGUUACGAUUUUGCACGGAUCUGGCAUCUUAUGAGCCGGCAACCUUAAGGUUCAUAAAUAAUUAUAAUUCCACGACCUCUCUUUAUCAACGCCGGACCAACAAACUGCUAGUGACGUUUCGUAACGAAAACAUGCUUUAUGAUCAAGCGCCACAAAUUUCAAGUCGAAAGUGCCUUCUACCGAAGCAGGCCAGUUCACAACUUGAUACACAACCUGAACAAAUGGUAGAGCCUGCCUUUUUUGAUAUAUAUCUGUGUGAUGACUGUGAUGCCGAACUUUAUUCGUAUGACGCAUAUGUGGAACACGAAAAGGUAUGCCCAGUUCCAAAAGCGGCAUUAGGAGAAAGUGACGAUGAUGACGUUAUUUACUGUGGCAGUGAAUUGCUUCCAACUCCUGUGUUACCUGAUGACAUCAAACCCGUUUCCAAGUCACAAAGCAUGACAUCUUUUCUUUUAAACUUCAAUCUAUUAAGUAAAACCAAUUCGAUACCGGUGCGAUCAAUAGGCAAUUGCAGUCGUUUAGUUCACCAUCAAAAUAUCAAUAUGCUGGAUGGAUCUCCGGAAAAACUUCGCCGUCUUCCUCGGCGAACAAGAGGUGUGGUCACAUUAUCUAAAUGUACUUCAAUUCCUUUGUCGUCCCCUUGUGGACAGUUUUUACUGAAGAGUAUUAAAACGGCAAUGUCUGACGAAUAUCGCCGAGAACGCCUAGAACGACUAGAACGGUUCUGUUUUGCACCACCAUUGGUUAAGGAAGGAGCUGUGAUUACAAAUCGACCUAAAUGGAUGAACAGAAAUAGAAUUAAUACAAAUAUUACAGUAUCAUACAAGAAAAAUAUCGACGAGCCAUUGGAUUCGCACAGUUUCAAAUUUCCUCGUCGUCAAUUUUCGGAAUUAUGCAAAAGAAGGAACUUUCUUUUUUAUAAUAAGCUGCUGCUCAAUAAAUGUAAGCCAUGCGCAAUCAAAUUGGAAAGACUGAGUGUUCAAGAGAUUGAAAACCGCUAUAUGGAUAUUAGGCUGAAAAAGCUUAAUUUUGCGAAAACGACUAUAUCGUCCGAAGGUCGAAAACAUGCGGCCAAAGUAAGACACGUAGUUGUAGAUUGUAUAGAUCUCUGCUCAUCAGAAGAUGAAGGGUUAGAGAUGAGAUACAGCCUAAGUGAGGGUUGUUUCAUCUCAGAUGCUGUCACUGCAAAUGAAAUGCAUGUCGAUAACAUUCGCCAGCUAAGUGAAAAUAUUACGUAUCAAAAUAAAAAGAAGAUUGAAGUGGAUUCUAACAUACUGCCUUGUCUCCGAAAUACCACCGAUGUUAAUUUGUUCUUAUCUUUAGAUGCUAGUUCAAGUAUAAAUCAUAGUACACAUUCAUCAUUAACUCCAGCACUGCAUAUUUUCUCUAAUGUUAGGAAGGAUACCUCAAUAGAUACCAGUGCAGUACAGAUGUCAAAUGAUAGAAAUAUUGAAGAAUCUGGAACAACGAAGGAGACGAACUUCGUUUUCCUUUCCAGUGUUGAGAAUCUUACAGAAGUUAAAGAGAUACGAGUCAAUAAUUGGCUUAAUGAUGCAGCAAUUACUACAGAAAAUAAAAUUCAUGACGCACAAUCCCGUUUACUUAUUACUUCAACUACCUCUAUGGUGCCACGAGCACAUAGUCCUUGUCCUUUGGUGGAUUCAUCUACAACGGUCACUGACAACCACGGAAACUUCGACCCAAAAUCAUUACCAUCGCUUGGAAAUUUCACAAAAUCAGCCAGUUCAGUUAACGCGGUCCCGCAAGUGAGGCAUCGAAAAGUUACUACUGUUGACAUUAAAUAAAGUGGAAUUUAUUUCAUCGUUAUUCAUAAAAGUUGGGUUUCAAUUUACUACUAUCAUUGAUUUAGUUGUAGAUAUCAUUUGUAAUGGAGGAUAAGUUAAAAGACUAAUCGUUAUGUUAUUUAGUGCCGGACUAUUCAUGGAAUGAUUAUAAUUUAAAACGGGCCAUUUGUUUUGUACUAGUGUUCAAUAUAUCCUUAUAAGAAAUCAUCAUAUAAGAUCGCAUUGAUUGUAUUAAAUCUAAACAAAUGCCAUGAAGUAAUUAAUUGCUGUAACGGUAAUACAUUUUUUUCUGGAAUAGUGUUUAGCAUUGUGACGAUCUGUUAGUGAAUACAUAUUCGAUUAUGGCUUUGUA